GUGUAUAAAAGUACUUGGUUUUAGAGAGAGAAAACAGUGUGUAUGUGUAUAAACUUUGGUGCUACAAGCAAGGGGUAUCAAAAUGUUUGGUUGCAGAUCUGAAGAGAGAGAAAGAUAAAGUGAUAAAGAACAACUGCAAAAUAUCAGAAGUAGAAGAAGAAAUGGUCUCAAUGGUUUUGUUGCUCACUGAGGAGUUCUUGUUUUGAGUUUCCCUUUAGGAUCACUGAGAAUCUGAGCUAAUUCGAUUUAAGAGCAGUGGUGGAUUGUUAGAUUUGAAGUUGUCUAGGCUGAAAUAAACAAUUGGUUGAGUAUAAAAUAAGUAGAUAAUGAAAGAGGUUGAAAAGGGCCUGGACUCUCAACUAUGGCAUGCUUGUGCUGGAGGCAUGGUUCAAAUGCCUCCUGUGAAUUCGAAGAUCUUUUAUUUUCCCCAAGGUCAUGCUGAACACACACUUUCGCAUGUCUCUUUUGGGACAUUGCCUAGGAUCCCGGCCUUAAUCCUUUGUAGGGUUGCUGCUAUUAAGUUCAUGGCAGAUACUGAAACUGAUGAAGUUUAUGCUGCUAUUAGGUUGAUUCCCAUUGGACAAAAUGAGUUUGAUUACAAUGAGAAUAAUGGAGUUAUGGAGAGCAAUGGUAUUGAAUCCGUCGAGAAAUCCAAUUCAUUUGCCAAAACGCUGACUCAGUCUGAUGCUAAUAAUGGUGGAGGUUUCUCGGUUCCGCGAUACUGUGCGGAGACCAUAUUCCCUCGGUUGGAUUAUACAGCUGAUCCACCUGUUCAAACUGUUGUUGCGAGGGAUGUUCAUGGUGAGAUAUGGAAGUUUAGACAUAUCUAUAGGGGGACUCCAAGGAGGCAUCUGUUGACAACAGGUUGGAGUACUUUUGUUAACCAAAAAAAGUUGGUUGCUGGGGAUUCCAUUGUGUUCAUGAGAACUGAAAAUGGAGAUCUUUGUGUUGGGAUACGUAGGGCAAAAAGGGGGAGUCUUGGUAGCCCUGAGACUCCUACAGGGUGGACUUCUGCUUCUGGAAAUUGUCCCUCACCUUAUGGAGGAUUUUCUGUAUAUUUGAUGGAAGAUGAGAACAAAAGAAUGAGAAGUAGUAGCAACGGAAAUGGGAAUUCCAGUGGGGGCAUAAAGGGCAAGGGGAAAGUGAGGCCCGAAUCUGUUAUUGAAGCUGCAACCCUUGCUAUGAAAGGUCAGCCGUUCGAGGUUGUCUAUUACCCAAGCGCGGGAACUCCGGAGUUCUGUGUGAGGGCUUCUUCUCUGAGUGCCGCAAUGAGGAUUCAGUGGUGUUCUGGGAUGAGGUUUAAAAUGCCUUUUGAGACUGAGGACUCAUCUCGAAUUAGUUGGUUUAUGGGUACUAUUUCUUCUGUUCAGGUUGCUGAUCCCAUCCUCUGGCCUAAUUCUCCAUGGAGGCUUCUCCAGGUAACAUGGGAUGAACCAGAACUUCUGCAAAAUGUGAAGAGUGUCAGCCCAUGGCUGGUUGAACUGGUAUCAAAUAUGCCAGUAAUCAACAUGUCGCCGUUCUCUCCACCAAGAAAGAAGUCACGGUUACCACACUAUCCAGACUUUUUACAUGACGACCAAUUUCCAGUGUCGUCAUUCACAGGCAACCCCCUCAGGCCCAGCAGUCCGUUCUAUUAUCUAUCUGAUAGCAUUACUGCAGGCAUACAGGGAGCCAGGCAAGCUCAAUUUGGGACACCAUUAUCGGGUCUCCAGGUUAGCAACAAAGUACAGAUGGGACUUUUCCCCAACUCUACCAAACAGCUCAAUCCACAGAGUAAAAUCUCCAAUGGUACCAGACCAAGCAGCACACAUGGCACAGAAACCGUUUCUUGCUUGCUGACCAUGGGCCAUUCCAAUCAAAAUUUGGAGAAAACGGAUACUAAAAAGGCACCUAUCUUUAUACUCUUUGGUCAGCCAAUACUCACGGAGCAACAAAUCUCUCAUGACUGUUCCAGGGAUUCAGUUUCACAGGUUUCACAUGGCGAGAGUCCAGAGAAACGUAAAAGACCAUCACAUGAUAAUAUGGAUCUUUCUGAGAAGUUGACUGAUUCCAGAUUUUUGUGGAACCAAGGGUUUCGAAAAACUGAGCCAGAACUAGAAACAGGUCACUGCAAAGUUUUCUUGGAAUCGGAGGAUGUUGGACGGACGCUUGAUCUUUCAGUCCUUGAAUCUUAUGAACAGCUUCAUGAACGACUAGCGAAUAUGUUUCGUAUAGAAAGAUCAGUGGCAAUGACUCGUGUGCUAUACCAAGAUGCAACAGGUUCUGUAAAGCAAAUUGGAAAUGAACCAUUUAGCGAAUUUAGGCGGACUGCAAAGCGAUUGACCAUUUUAAUGGAUUCAGGCCUCAAUACUGUUGGAAGGAUAUGGAACAAAAUUAUGCCAAAUGCUGAUCGCCGUCUGGAUUCUUCUAGUCAGACAGGUCCCUUGAGCAUAUUUGCCUAGUUGACAACUGUAAGCUUAAGCAAAACAUUCUAAUAAUGGUUGCCAAGUCUCAUCCUACCCAUGUGUAUGUAGGAAAGUUUCUUAAUCUUGUUUGCAUCAAAACAAUGCAUGUAUUAUUAUCUAGAUGUUCCAGCGACGUUGAUGUGCCAAAUCAUGGACAAUUUUACUUGAUUUGAUGUUUAAACUUUCAUA